GCCGCCGGCGUUUUCGAGCUGUGCCCCAGCGGUUUCUGCUCGCUUCUUGCUUGUGCACCACGUUCAGGCUUUCGCCCGCAGCCAUUUUUUCAGCUCAAACAGAUUUCUCCUUCCGUCUACAGCGUCAUGGACAGCUUUUGGGAUGUAGACAGCUCCGAGGGACUGACUCAGCUGCUUUCGCACGUGCAGGUCCCAGAGACCUUGCAGACAGCUUUGCAGCAGACAGGCCUUUCCAGCGUAUCCGAUUUUGCCUACGCCUAUACCUCGUCAGAGGACCUUUCUACCUUCAUCGCAAAGCAAAGCCAAAACCUCUGGGACGACCUGCAG